AUGAGUAUCUGCCACUUCAUUGCCUAUGACUCCACGGUGUCCACUUUGGGUGCACGUGCAUAUUGUUUCAUCACAUUCGACUCUGAACAGGUCGUAAAUGAAUUGUUGAAGACCCCUAAGCAGAAAAUUUCUGGCAAGGAAGUAGAUGUCAAGCGUGCGACACCCAAACCCGAAAACCAAAUGAUGGCUAUGCGUGGUGGUGGUCGCGGUGGUAUGCGUGGUGGACGCGGCGGCUUUGGACGUGGUGGAUAUCCACAAUGGCCUGGUCAAGGCGGUUAUGCCCCAUAUGGCGGUUAUGCUGGUGGUUAUGAUCCUGGAUAUGGGGACUACUACAGCGGUGGCUAUUACAAUGGCUACGACUAUGGAUACGGUGCCGGCGGCUUUCCUUCGGGCAAGCGAAGGGGGACAGGACGCCAGCCCAGACAUCAACCAUACUAAUCAUUUUCAUUGCAAUAAGUUGAUAGUAAUAGACAGACGCCGGUAUAUAAAGAGAAUACAACACAAACUGAACAGUUAGUCAGCAAUUAAAUUAAGUUUUUAUUAAUCGCUUGGAAAUUUAUGAAAUAAAUCCAGUACCAGAUUAGUUGCGCGUAAUACUUCAUGUGGCACACGCACGCACAAGCACUACAUUUCGUCAUUCGCAUUUAGAUUACAGUUAGGGGAUAAAAUAUUAUUUUAAAUUUUUUAUCCAUGAUCCGAAUAAAUCAUUGCAGCAAAAUCAACAACACAACAAAACAAACAGCCAUUCAUUCCGAAAAAAAAAAAAAAUCAUUAGAAAUAAUUUGAACAUUAUCAGUAACGGUCUUACCAUACAUAUUUUAGUGUGCGUGUGCAUUGACGAAAAGAAACAACCGGCUUUAUAAUUAAUAACACACCAGAAGUGCAAGCAAAAAAGUCUACAAAAUCCAGCGUUGCAUGAAUUGCAACUUGUCAACUUAAAAACAAUCCAACAAUCAAUAGUUUAUUAGCACUUACUUUUCAUUAGUUUUAUAUUGUCAUAAUUACUCUUAAUCUUAUGUUACCUAAUACACUUACUUUAAAAUGGUAAUUUUUAUGCUCUAAGUAGUAGGUUUGAUAUGUUAUCAGUUAGCAGGUUAGCAGUUUGUAAUCAUACAUUUCAGCGCCACUUUGAAACGCUAUCUACCUUAUACCAAUCAAUAUUUCCUUAAAUGUGCUCAUAACAUGGCUAACAUUCACGGACGUGCAUACAUUCAUGUGUAUGAAUGUGUGUUAGGUGUAUGGUUGCAACUUCACAUCAUCUACAUCCACAAUUGUCACUCAAUUCGUAAUGAAGCUGUCAUAUUACGUUACUGACAGUGUUUACUUUUUUUGCUAGCAUACAUAUUGUGCGUUAUGUACCAAUUUUUUAUACUUAUCUAUACUUAUAUUGAUAUCUAAAAGUAAGCGUAUAACUAAAAAUGGCAGAUAAACGAAAGAGAAGAAACAAAAUAAGUUUACCAAGUUAAAUAUGCUUAAAACACGAGUACUAUGGAGUGACAGAGCGUAGUGAGAGAGACUGUAGCAUCAAGUAAUAAGACGAAUUAAAUCAGCAAUUGUAUUAACUGGAAUAACAAGAGAAAAUAAAACAUCAAACAAAAACAAAUCCACCAAAUUGUUAGACACUUACCGAAUUCAACUAAAGACAAAAUAUGUAUAAUGCAAUACAUAUACAUAGAAAACAAUACAUACAUAUAUAUAUUUAUUCUCAUAGUAUAUGUAUAUACAUACAAUUAAAUAUAUUAUAGAAUGCAGAACUAAAAACAGAAAAAGGAUUUAUAUUUUAAUAAUGAUCUAAAAUGAUAACAAAGAGAACGCAAGGAUGUUAUGACGGCAUUGUGGUGGCAGCAAGUAAAGAACAGCCUUGAAAAUCGGAUGUGACACAAAAGUAGUCUUUAAUAA